UGAAGUAACAUUGGAAUGCGAAGUUAAACAGUAUGUACUUAAUUGUGUAUAUAAAAUCAAAGCUGUUGAACCUUUUAAGAAUGGGAACAUACUUUAGUGCUCAGACAACUGAAUCAACGUUUUACACUAGUGAACAAAGUCAGGCAGAAGUGUUGUCAGAACUUGAAGACAAGUUAUAUGUAUGGAAUGAAAAAAUAAAAGCAAUCAGGUGGAAGAUCAAACAUUCAGAAUGUAUCAGAGAAAUCUUGCCGAGUGAAAUAAGAGCAGCGUCAGAAUAUCUUCGAACCAAGCUGAUUGAAGUACAAGGAGUCGGAUACAAUGCACAUCAAGCGAAGUCUGAUCAUGAAAACAAUCGACCACCAUCCGUCUCUGAACCCGGACAAGAAAAGAAGAACAAAUAUAACCCCGUACAGACAAACUCAUACGAAGAGCUUCAGAAUUGUCUGGUCAAUGCGUUGGAACACAAUGCCCGCCUCGAGGAAUCAAACAAACGGCUUUUGGCACAACUCGAAGAGCUUUCACUUAGACUGAGCCGACUGGCAGGUGAAAGACUGACUGAUGGAAACCCUAACAUCACCGAUCUAAGUGAUCGCAACAGACCAACAAAGCUUGGAGAGGUGUACAGUGAAUUGUACGACAACGAAUGGACAAACGCUUUUGACGGAUUGAUUAGAUCGGGUUACGACGAGUUGGAGGCAAUUCAAACUUUAAAGCUUACACUGCUGAACAUAUACGACUUUUGUGGAAAAAAGGCGGAAACAAUGCUGACUCAGACAGAAGAAGCUGUAAAUUGUUUAUUUAAGGAGUAUAAAAUGCUGACAGGGAAAAAGAAUGCACGACCACAUCUAACAGUUACAAGGAAUCAGUCCCGGGAAAUACGGCGAUCUUUAAAUAAAUUGAUGCAGGAAUAUCUCCUCCAAUCAAAGUGGAAACCAAAGACUCCUGUUUCUGCAGAUCGCAAACACGAACCUACAUACGAUGUGAAAAUUCAGCCUGUUUAUGUUACGGACAAAUUGAAGAAACUUCAAAAGGAGAUGUCGGAAUCAAUGGUGCCAGUUGUCCAAAUGGCUUAUUUGGAGGCAAGUUGGGAUUCAGGCUGUGUUGAAGAUUUGAAACCCUUCAUCAUCAAAUGUAUCUACGUUUGCUGGAUGAUGGUUGUGCAAAAUCCACAGAUGUGUUUUUUCGUGCCUAAAUCUGGAACCGACGUCAACACAAGCAUGUUUAAAACGUACACAAGAAGUGGAAAGGCUGUUGAUUUCAUCGUUUGGCCAGUUAUGAUGCUGCAUGAAAAAGGCUCCGUUGUAUGCAAGGGUGUUUUGCAACCAAAGUAAACCAUGAUUAACAUUACUACGGACAAAAGAAUGUCUGCCUUCACAAUAUUCAUGUUGUAAACUAAACAUAGACACGUAGUAACUUAGAGGCAAAAUGUACAAUCAAUGCUAAAUAGUAUAUGCUCUGCUUGUAUUAUAAAUCGUGCAUCAUUAUUACUAAAACCUUAUAAGACAAUUGGAGUCUUGAAUUUUACAAACCUGGACCAGUAUUUAAACGUUAGAAGAUUCUGAUACGCAGUACAGCUCAGUAAUUAUUACCCUAGCUGAUUAAGGAUUUUAGUCACUAUCUAUAUCAAUUUGCCAAUAAUGAUUUUUUUUACAAUUAUACGUUUUUAAAACAUGUAUUGAGUUAACCAAGUUGUCUUCACAUGAUUUAAACAUUAACAAUCUAAAAACAAAUUGAAACACUUCAGUAUGUGUUCAUAUAUAUGUUUUUAUUGAUCAGAUGUGACUUUUAAUAUUUAUAUGAAAAGCUACAGAAACAAGCCCAAAGGUUGAAACAUAAACCCCGUUUUAUGGCACAUGGUAAACGCCAAAGACAUAGAAAACACACUAAGAAACAACCACAAACACGGAAAAUCAGCAUAGAACUCCACAAACAACACAGUGCAUAUAUCAUAUAUGAAAACUAGGUGUGUUAAUCAAGGAUUGUUAGGUAUCGCCUUGAAACGGUCAGUAAAAUUAACUUUCUAGGGGUUUAAACCAAUUUACACGUUAUUUCCGCCAAUGAAUCCAGUGUUUUCAUGUUAGAUUAUUAAUAAUUCAUUUGGAUGGACAAUAAAAAAUCAGGACUUUUUGGGGAAGUAUAGCAGUUCUCAUUUUUAUUUCGCAUACUUCAGGUAAAGAAUAUUUAUAUCUUAUUCUUAAAAGAUUGAUGUUAACCACCGUUGAUGUAAUUUUAUUCAUAUUUAUAUCAUAAGUCUGCUUGCUUGCUGGAAGUAUUUUGUUUUCUCAAGGGAUAAAGUGAUACCUUAAAUACGUCAAAGUUUUGUUAAAGAGAAAUAUGGCUUAGAAAAGAUUGAUAACUCAUAGGCUAUAUCAUUUAAAUCAAUCAACCCCUUUGUAAUAUAUAUCCAACAGUUUGAUGAAAGGUAAAUUAAGUAAUAAGAUUUUUUCAUUAACAAGAACACUAAAAUGCACUUAUCAUUUAACCGGACCAUGUAUAAAGAUAAAUUAAACAUAUCAUAGCUUAGUUAUUAGAAUAGUGUGCACAAUAAAGGAAAACUAGACAGACUCAUAUAGACAGUGACUAGGUGCUUAAAUGACCCUUCAUUGGAUUUGAAUGUCUUAAAACAAUGCCUUUGUAGAGUGUUGGCCACUGUUUGCCCCUGAAAAUAACAUUGUAUUAUUGAUAAAUAACCAG